UCCUCUGUCAGACGGCAGCCUUGUGGAUUAUAUUUCUGCCCUUUAACUGAGUUGUGCAUGGUCAUAGCAUAUACCCGUUUGUCUUCAUUUUUUUAUGUUGUUUGGAAGCCUGGCAGCUUAAAUAUCAGUUUAAAUUUUUGUAUGCCUUCAUGUUUCUGUGUAGCAGCUAUUUCUCUGCUGCUCUGAAUCAGCUGACAUGGAUUAAAGUAGCAUUUUCUGCAAGGAAAAAAUAAACAGAAACUCUAAAGCAGAGAUAUGAGGGCUUUGUACCAUUUCAUCUAAUCAAAUCCCAGAAUGCCAAUGAAUCGGUGAAGAAGAAAAGGUUUCUAACAACACAUGCAUGGUCAUUUGGAACAUUUUCAAGCGUAUCGGAUUUAAAGGACCUAGAGGUUUCAUCAGUGUAAAAUGCCCAGUAACUACAGUUGGUGAAUGUUCUGUGGGAAACGUGAAACACAGCUACAGAAAGAUGAAGGAUCAUGGAGGAGUGGGCCAUAUCCUGAAGCUGCUUACAUUGUGGCUGAUUUUACCUAAAACUGGGAAAGGAAAUGUUCACUCACCACCAGGAAAACCUGAAUUGACAAUGUGCAGAUCACCAGAUAAGGAAACAUUUACAUGCUGGUGGAAACCAGGUUAUGAUGGAGGAUUUCCUACCUCUUAUGCUCUGUACUACACUAAGGAAAGAGAUGAACAAGUCUAUGAGUGUCCAGAUUAUGGAACUGGAGGGGAAAAUUCAUGUUUCUUUGAUAAAAAGCAUACAUCCAUUUGGACAAUUUAUGUCCUUACCGUUAAUGCAACCAAUAUGCUGGGAAGCAACAUUUCUGACCCAGUGCAUGUGGAUGUGGCUUACAUUGUGCAGCCACACCCUCCUGCAAAUAUAACUGUGAAAGUGGAAGCAUCCAAUCCUCAUGCACCCACUCUUCUGAUUAAGUGGUCUCCUCCACUACUGGCAGAUGUAAAAUCUGGCUGGAUAACUCUGGAAUAUGAGCUGAGGAUGAAGGUUGACAAAGGAGAAAAAUGGGAGGUCUAUCAUGUUGGACAACAGACACAAUUUAUAGUGCACAGUUUCCACCCUGGACAAGAUUACAUUAUAGAGGUUCGCUGCAAGCCGGAUCAUGGUUUCUGGAGUGAAUGGAGUACACCUGUCAGCAUUCAUACCCCCAAAUCUAUCAGGUCAAAAGAUACAUCAGUAUGGGUUUUAAUAGCCGUGUUUGCCUUUGUUUCAUGUCUGAUUUGCAUCUCCACACUGAUACUUAAACGUGACAGAAUGAAGACUUGCUUUCUGCCUCCAGUGCCAGGACCAAGGAUCAAAGGGCUGGAUACUCAACUAUUAAAGAGUGGAAAAUCUGAAGAUCUCUUGAGUGCUCUUGGCUGUCAGAGUUUUCCCCCAAUUUCAGACUAUGAUGACCUCUUGGUAGAGUUUAUAGAAGUAGAUGACAAUGAUGACAUUCAUGUGCCAAGCAGUAAUGCUGGACUUCAGAAAUGGAAUGGAAUCAGUGUGGCUUUCAAUGAAACAGAUAAUGAUUCAGGGCGGGGCAGCUGUGAUAGCCCCUCCCUUAUACCACCAGAGAAGUGCAGCGAAAUGGCCAAUGCAAGUGCUUUAGGUCAUUAUGAAAACAACAAAGGAAAGGAAGUUGCCCUAAAAAAAGACAGCCACAAAAUGAAGAAAAAUGCUUCCUCAGGUAGAAAACAUGCACAUUGGAAUGGCUCAAGUGCAAAAGCAUAUACUUGGCCCGCAGCUCUGAUUCCAGCAUGUCAGACUCAGAAACCUGCUUAUCAUAGCUUUGCAGAAGUAUGCAAGAUGGCUCUGGGUGCAAUGAACUUGAAUGUCUCAGCAUUUCGAAACGGUCCUGAAGAAAAAAAACAGACCAAAACUUAUCAGAACUCUCAAAUGGCCAGCAUAAUUCCAGAAGAAAAAUCCACAAGGAGCAGUAAUACAAAAUGCUUGCAUUCCACAACUACCCCUGAGCAGGUGACAACAUGGAUUUCACCUAAUGAGAAAACACCUUUCCUGACAGCAGAGCAAACAGAUUACGUAGAAACAUACAAGGUCAACCAGAAUGACAUACUGAUACUACGAUCAAAGAAACAGGAGAAAACUGCUCCGGUGGUUAAUGAGCCCACAGCCGGAAAUAGCAAGGAAUACACCAAAGUGUCUGCUGUUGUAGACAAUAAUGUUCUCCUGAUAAUGCAAGACACAAGUGCUUCACCUUGCCAACCUCAAGAAGUAGGGAAAAAAGCAUCUUGUGCCAUUACUCAGUGGCCACCAGGGGAAUCAGAAGAUGACCAUCCUGCUGCCAUCUGUGGCAGCUCAUUGCAAAGUUUUGGACCAGGUUACGUGGAUCCAACUUCUUUUAUACCACACUUCAGCUAAAUAUUGACUCACUGUUAACUGUGCAAAAUAUAAUCUGAAAGUGAUUCUAUAAAUUUUAAUAUUACAGUUCCAUAUAUUUUUCUUCAUCUGAAAGUUUAUGUCCUCUCACUUGAAAAUAUUUGAAGAUAUGAUAAUAGUACAAAAUAUUUUGCUAUGAUGUGUUUAGAUUCUUCUAAUUUUUUAUUCUACAUUUCAUUUACGUUUAAUUUACAUGACACUUUAAACCCAAUGCGCAUCUCCCUACUCUGUAAGGUUAAAACUGCAGUAGUGCAUUCUGUCAUUAUACCUGUCAGAAAAAAGGAGUGCUGAGCAAGUAGUAUGUAUAAGUACUUAAUGCUAGUAUCUGUGUCCAUUUAGGGGUUUAAGUGUCAGUGAGGAUGCUCACAAAUACACAUAUACCCCUAUGUAUGCAUGUAUGUACAUCUACGCAAACACAGUAGUUUGUUGUGCAUACACCAACACACACACACACACACACACACACACACACACACACACACACACACACACGUGCGCGCAUUCGCGAGUGCACAUGCACACCCCUAUGUAUGCAUGUAUAUACAUCUACACAGACACAGUAGUUUGUUGUGUAUACACCAACAAACAAACACACACACACACACACCAUGUAUGCAUGUAUAUACAUCUACACAGACACAGUAGUUUGUUGUGUAUACACCAACACACACACACACCUAUGUAUGCAUGUAUAUAUAUCUACACAAACA